AUGACGGUCAGGAGCCGGAAGACGGCCGGCGCCGGCGUGUACACGGCGCCGUACGACAACUUCACAGAGGCGUCGCUGGGCACGCGUGAGAUGCGCCUUCAGAAGUGCCAGACCACCUCCACCGGGGCGCUACUGGUGGCCGAGACGCUGCCAGCCGCCUCCAUCACACUGUCGGCGCUGUUUUUCCUGCGGCUGCCGGUGAACGUACGCGUGCUGCUGGUGGUGACUCUCUGUCUGCUCAGCUACCUGACGCUGGCCUUCUCGGCGUACGUGUGGCUCGACUUCGCCGGCGUGCUGUUCGCCUCCGUCAGCCGCGGCCUCAGCGACAUCACCUUCCUGGCCUACGCUGGCCAGUAUGAGAGGGACGUGCUAUCCACCUGGUCGUCGGGCACGGGCGUCGCCACAUUCGUCGGUCCACUGCUUUACUCAGGCAUGACGUCCACCGGCCUGUGA